AUGUCUAUCUAAGUCUUACUGAAAGAUCAGUCAGAUUCCUUAGAAUUAGUUGGCAGCACGAAGCAACCACUAAAAGAUUUCAUAUCAGUUGAUUUAAAGGACAAGAAAGGCUAGUACUUCUUAAAUUUUAAUGGUAGAAGUGCAGGAUAUAUUAUUGUUGAGACUAAAUAUCUCGAUUAGGCUUAGAGUAUUACAUAAUCUCACUAAAAAAUAGAGCCGAUAUCGAUUAAGCCAAGCAUUAUGACUUUGAAAGUAAAAAAUUGUCAACUAUAGUUAGCCAAUCUUGAAGCAAGCUUUAAAAGCCUUAUAGUGUAGAUCCAGUUGGUUAACAAUCUCAAUGAAAAUCUAUCUUUCAAGCUCAUCUCUGAGAACAAUCAAAUCAUCGGAUCAGCUUAGUAUUCCCUUUAAGAAAUCUAUAAAACUUCCUAAAAAUCUCAAGAUUUUGCUAUCAAUUUGAGCAAUGAUAAAACUAAUUAGCAUUUAAUGAUUGAAGCAGAAAUUAGCUUUAAACAUUAAAAAUAGCUUUCUAUUGAGAAUCAUAACAAAAGUGGUGACUUGACUUUAAAAGUAGAAUACUUUACAUUAGAUUAAUCAUCACAACCAAAAUAUUACGCCAAAAUAUUGAUUCAAAGUGAUGAGAAUCAGAUAGAGACCUAGGAAAUACAAGCAAAUGCAGUUUCAGAUUUGUAAUAAUUGGUCUAUAUAAGAAGUCUUAGUGAAACUUUACAAAUAAUUUUGGUUGAUUCCUAGGAUGAAUAUUAAACAUUUGGCCAUUUAGAGAUUAAAGCAUGUGCUUUAGUUGAAAACUAGCAAGAUCUAUAUUCAUUGGUAAAUGAGAUUGGAUAAGAAAGUGGAAAGAUUUUUAUAUAGGCAACUUUUAUAGAAAGAAUCAAACUAGUAAAGAUCGAAUAACCUAUGAAAAGUAAUGUGAAAAAGAUAAUUAAAAAUACUUAGGAGACACUUUUUGAAACUGCAACUUCAUUUCCAACCCGAUGUUUUUAAAAUAAAAAUACUCAAAGAUCAAACUCUCUCCAAGAAAUUAAUCUCAUAAACAACCUUCGAAAAGUAAAAGCAAAACUAAAAAAUAGGUUUAAUUAAACAGUAACCCUACUUCCUUUCGUAUUCUUCGACAAGCCUAUGAAGAAGACUCCAGACAAUAUGUUUAGACAGCGGAAUGCUCAAGAAACUUAAUCCAGAACUCACUUAGACAGUAUGUACUCUCCAAUUAAAGAAAGAGAUUGGGAUCAUCAUUUCCACAAGAUGAAGAGCAAAGAUAAUGAGAGGAUGCACCCACAUUUCAGAGAGUUCUUCGAUAAGCCUAUAAAUUACAGUCCUAAGAAUGAAGAUAUCAAGGUGCCUGAACCUGGAGAGAACUACAUGAGAAUGACUCAUAGAAAGUUUAAUAAUACAAUGCUCUAUAUGGGAUCUUCAAAGAAGAAUCUAUCAACCGAUAGAAGUGGCAAGAAUAUGCUUACAUUGUAUAACUAAUCCCAAGAAUCAAUGCAAAAUUUAUCUUUUGGGCCAGUACUGCAGACAUAGAGUAGCAAUACUAUGAUAUAAUUUAAGGACAGAGAUACGAAGGUUUUAAACAAGUAUGGUAAAAAUACGCUAAAUCAUAAUUAGCGGAGGUAUAUGUGA